CUGCCAUGGCGGAUGAUAAUAAGGCAACUGCCUGUGCAAGAAGGAACCAACAAUUGAAACGUUGGGCGGACUCUGAUACAAAUAGGGAAUCGAUUGGCGUUCGAGACCGACCUAAAAGAGUUAAUUUUCAGGAUGGUGUCUUUUUAGCAGCGUGUUCUAGGGGAGAUAAAGACGAAGUGAUAAAACUGUUGGCUCGAGGAGCAGAUAUUAACACCGCCAAUGUGGAUGGGCUUACCGCUCUACACCAGGCAUGUAUUGAUGACAAAAUUGACAUGGUGAAGUUUCUUGUUGAUAAUGGUGCUGAUGUUGAUGUCUGUGAUAAUGAAGGUUGGACACCUCUUCAUGCUACAGCUUCAUGUGGCUUUAAUGACAUUGCACAAUAUCUUAUCAGCACCUGUGCCAAUAAAGCUGCUGUUAACAAUGAUGGCGAUCUUCCUCUUGAUAUAUGUGAAGAAGCCAAAAUGGAAAAGUUGCUUCAAGAAGAAAUGAAUCGCCAAGGUGUGGAUGCUGAAGCAGCACGACUAGAAGAGGAAGAAAUGAUGCUUUCUGAUGCUAACCAAUGGUUAAAUUCCGAUUGUGUGACAGAGCGGCCUCAUGCAAAAACAGGUGCUGUUGCUCUUCAUGUAGCAGCAGCAAAGGGCUAUAUCAAAGUUAUGCAUUUAUUAAACCAAGCAAAAGCUAAUGUAAAUAUCAAAGACUCAGAUAGUUGGACUCCUCUUCAUGCAGCAGCUCACUGGGGCCAGGAAAGAGCUUGCAAAAUAUUAGCUGAAAAUUUCUGUGAUAUGGACUCAAAAAACAAUGCAGGGCAAACUGCCUUUGAUGUUGCUGAUACUGAACUUCUUUCUUUACUUGAAGAACUCAAAAAGAAACAAGCUAAGCUUAGAGAUAAAUAUAUGCAUAUGAUCAGUGUAAGUCUUAAAGAAUUCUCUUCAAUUUAUUUUGUUUCCCGUUUUACGUCGAACACGAAUCUAACAUCAGAGGAAGCAUGUGUAUCAGGAAUAUAUUGA